AUGGCAUCUUGGGAAGACGAAGAGAUAUCAGAUGAAGAAUUCAUAAGUAAUUGGGAUGUUGAUCCUGAUGAAGAGGAAAAAAAAGCAAAAGAAGCAAAAGAAGCUGAAGCUAAAAAGAAAGCUGAAUUAAAAGCUAAAGAAGAUGAAUUGAAAAAACAAAAAGAGAAGAAGAAACAAGAAAUGGAACAAUUUGAUGGAUUGGACGAAAGAACAAGAAAAGAAUUAUUAAAAAAAGCUGAAUUAAAUGCUGAUUUAAAUAACGCAGCUGAUUUAUUUGGUGGAUUAGGUGUUGCAGAUGAUACAGAAAGUGAUUUUGAUAUAAAUGAACAUCCGAGAGAGAAAGCAAGAAAAGCAGCUUUAUUGGAAGCUGCACAAAGAAGACCUGCUUUGACUAAAGACACACCAUUGGAAGAUCAUCCAUUAUUCCAACCUGCUAAUAAACAAGAAUAUGAAAGAUUAAGAAAAGCUGUAGGAACAUCAUUAACGGCAUUGAAUGAAGAUAGUUCAUUAUUAUACGCAUCAAGUUUAGCAAUUGAUUUAAUCAGAGAUUUAACUCAACCAUUAUCAGUAGAAAAUACAAGAAAAGUCAUAAGUACAUUAAAUGUUAUAAUAAAAGAUAAAGAAAGACAAGAGAGACAAGCAAGAUUGAAGAAAACUGGUGGAACCGCAACAGGUGGUGCUGGAAAGAAAAAAGCUAAACCAGCUGCUAGACCUAAUGUUGGAGGAUUCAAAAAGGAUGAAAUUGACGAUGACUUUGAUGACUUUGAUGAUGACGAUUUUAUGUAA